AUAUGCGAGUUUAGCGAGAAGAAGCGGAGCGAGUGUGCGGUGCAAUCUUAGAGACUGAGAACAGCCAGCCCGGGGGCCUAGAAAUAGCGUUAACCGCGCUGAGCCGGCUGCCCGAGGAGGAGGGGUUGGGCCUAUGAGAGGGCAGGGCCGCGUCUAUGGCCCAGCCCUGGCCCGUUGUGACAGUGUACAACGCCUGCCACGCGUCGGAACUCGGUGGGGGGCAUCCACGGGGCGCGAGUGACACGCGGGAGGGAGAGCGGUGUUCUGCUGGAGCCGAUGCCAGAAACCAUGCAUUUCUUAUUCAGAUUCAUUGUUUUAUUUUAUCUAUGGGGCCUUUUUACUGCUCAGAGACAAAAGAAAGAGGAGAGCACCGAGGAAGUGAAAAUAGAAGUUUUGCAUCGUCCAGAAAACUGCUCUAAGACAAGCAAGAAGGGAGACCUACUAAACGCCCAUUAUGACGGCUACCUGGCUAAAGACGGGUCGAAAUUCUACUGCAGCCGGACACAAAAUGAAGGCCACCCCAAAUGGUUUGUUCUUGGUGUUGGGCAAGUGAUAAAAGGCCUAGACAUUGCUAUGAUGGAUAUGUGCCCUGGAGAAAAGCGAAAAGUAGUUAUACCCCCUUCAUUUGCAUACGGAAAGGAAGGCCAUGAAGGCAAGAUUCCACCUGAUGCUACAUUGAUUUUUGAGAUUGAACUUUAUGCUGUGACCAAAGGACCACGGAGCAUUGAGACAUUUAAACAGAUAGACACGGACAAUGACAGGCAACUCUCUAAAGCCGAGAUUAACCUCUACUUGCAAAGGGAAUUUGACAAAGAUGAGAAGCCACGUGAUAAGUCAUAUCAGGAUGCAGUUUUAGAAGAUAUUUUUAAGAAGAAUGACCAUGAUGGUGAUGGCUUCAUUUCUCCCAAGGAAUACAAUGUAUACCAACACGAUGAACUAUAGCAUAUUUGUAUUUCUACUUUUUUUAGCUAUUUACUGUACUUUAUGUAUAAAACAAAGUCACUUUUCUUCAAGUUGUAUUUUCUAUUUUUCCCCUAUGAGAAGAUAUUUGAUCUCCCCAAUACAUUGAUUUUGCUAUAAUAAAUGUGAGGCUGUUUUGCAAACU